UAUGAUUUAAUACUUAAAGCAUUUGAAAUACAAGAGGAUAAUUGGGCUGCACACAAAUGGGCAUCGAUUCUUCUUAAUUCUAAAUCUCUUUAUGAAGGAGAAAAAGCACAAAUAAAAGAGUCAUAUAAUAUUGAGAAACAUAUACUGAGAGCAAUGGAACUAAAUCCAAAAGAACCAACACUUAUGUACAUGCUUGGUACUUGGUGCUACCAAGUUGCUGAUUUAACAUGGUAACAAAGAAAAAUUGCAUCUGUAAUAUUUCGAGAACCACCAUCUUCAUCUCUUGAGGAAGCUCUACAAUAUUUUGUAACCGCAGAGGAAAUUGAUCCCAAUUUCCAUAGUAAAAAUUUAUUAAUAUUGAGCAAAACCUACUUAAAAUUAAUUGAAAUAGAGCUAGCUAUGAAAUAUUUAAAAAUGGUCCUUGAAUAUCCUACAAAGAACGAAGAUGAUCGAGAUACUAAACAGGAAGCACAGAAGUAGUUGAAGAAAUUUUAA